UGCGGUGCGCAUGCGCAAAUGAGCUCCGCCCAGCCGAAGGCUCACAGAGCGCCGCGCCCCACUGCGGGCGGCUCUUAAAGGGACAGGCCGCCUUUUUCUGACCGCCUCCGUGCACUCGUGCGCCGUCGUGCCCCGGCCGCGCGCUGCUGCCCCAGCCGUGCCCCACACGCCAGCCACGGCUCAGCGAUGUCCGCUGGGUCUUUCCCUCCAGUCGUGUCCCCCAGCCUGUGUCCCCCCACGCGGGACCCCUGCCCACGGACACGUCCCCCAGCUCACGUCCCCUAACCGUGGCCGUUCUCCCAAGUUCGAGCCCCCUAUACACGGCCACGUCCCCCCAACCUGCAUCCCAUAGUUCAUGUGCUCUACCCACGGCCAUGUCCCCCGCUUCAUGUCCCCUAACCAUGGCCACAGCCCCGGCCCGUGUCCCCUACUGUGAGCCACAUCUCCAACCCGUGCCUCCCAUCCAUGGCCACGUCCCACGGCCCGCGUCCUUCACCCUCAGCCACAUCCCCACCUUGUGUCCCCCCGCCCGUUCCCUCCACCCAUAGCCGUGUCCCCACUUCGUGUCCCAACACUCCCAUCCCUUAUCCAUGUCCCUGUCCUCCAACCCACAUCCCACCACUCACAUCCCCUACCCAUGGCCGUGUCCCCCUGUCCCUCACCACCCCCUGUCCCCCAUCCUGUGCCGGGGCCACCUGUAGGCUGUGGUGACACUGCUGUCACUGGCACCUUUGUCACCCCCCCUCGGGUGCCUGGAUCACACGUGGCUGGUGCGGGCAGCCCCGCCUCAGCCUUGCCCUCGUCGAGUGCCCAUCAGCGGGGAUUAGCGGGGCUGAUGUAGGACGGCAGCGGGCGGGCGGCGAGUCCUGGCAGCCCGGCACCAUGCGGGACCGGCUGGAGCAGCUCCGGGCGAAGCAGGAUGCUGAGGAUGACACCGACGAGCUGGAAAUCGCCAUCGACAACACAGCCUUCAUGGAUGAGUUCUUUGCCGAGAUCGAGGAGACGAGGCAGAACAUUGACAAGAUCUCAGAGAACGUGGAGGAGGCCAAGAAGCUCUACAGCGUCAUCCUCUCGGCCCCCAUCCCCGAGCAGAAGACCAAAGAUGAGUUGGAGCAGCUGACGACUGACAUCAAGAAGAUGGCCAACAGCGUGCGCAACAAGCUGAAGAGCAUGGAGAGGAACAUAGAGCAGGAUGAGGCCCGCUCCUCCGCUGACCUGCGCAUACGCAAGUCCCAGCACUCAGUCCUGUCCCGAAAGUUCGUUGAUGUGAUGACCAAGUACAACGAGGCGCAGGUUGACUUCAGGGAGCGCAGCAAAGGCCGGAUCCAGCGGCAGCUGGAGAUCACUGGCAAGAACACGACGGAUGAGGAGCUGGAGGAGAUGCUGGAGAGCGGGAACCCCGCCAUCUUCACCUCAGGGAUCGUGGACUCGCAGAUCUCAAAGCAGGCGCUGAGUGAAAUCGAGGGGCGGCACAAGGACAUCGUGCGGCUGGAGAGCAGCAUCAAGGAGCUGCACGACAUGUUUGUCGACAUCGCCAUGUUGGUGGAGAACCAGGGAGCCAUGAUCGACCGCAUAGAGAACAACAUGGACCAGUCCGUCGGCUUCGUGGAGCGAGCCGUGGCUGACACCAAAAAGGCCGUCAAGUACCAAAGUGAAGCCAGGAGGAAGAAGAUCCUGAUCAUGAUUUGCUGCAUUAUCCUUGUCAUCAUCUUGGCUUCCAGCAUUGGUAGCAUCUUCGCCUGACACGGCAGCCACUCCCCACAGGUGGCCUUUCCCCAUCCUGUUCGAUGAUCCCACCCGUGGCCCUGGGACCCACCUGCCAAGCCCUGAGGACGUCACCCAGAGGUCCCCCCUCACCCGCUGUCCUCACACCAGGGUCCCACAGCUCUUUAUUUGCGCCAGCACAGAGCCCAGCCACAGCCAGGGCUCUGCUUUGCCUGGUGGUGAAAGGAGCAGCUCAGCCCUCACUCAGAGCUCGCCUGCAGCCGUUCCUCUUCAGUGCUGCUCUCCAGAUGUGCCGACACCCGCACCACGGCCCUCCUCCCCAAUAAAGAGAUCAAUCACUUA